CCAGUUUUAUGGACUGAUUUGGCUCGAUAAGAUCUUCAGCAGGUGCCAUAGUGGUUCGCGCUAAUUUCGGCCGGUAGCGUGACUUACCGAUACGAAGACAAUUUUAGCUUCUCGGGUUGAACGAUUGUGAAAUUUUAUAAACAAAGCGUCGGUAUUUGUCGAACAAACGCCAAGAUGAAAGAAUGAGCCACCAUGAAGGAUUUGAGGCUUGAAUUAUGUGUUGUUUUUGUUGAGAAUAAAGUUGCGGGUCUAGGGCGAUAAGCCGACGGUAAUUUUGGAUAAGAAAAUCGUUAUGUUAUAUGCAGACCAAAUCACACAAAUACUGACAAAUGGAUAUUAAAGUUGAACACUUGAAGACUGAACUGCGGAGCUGUACCGCCUGCGGGGAACCGAUAGCCGAUAAGUACCUGUUUGAGGUGGACGGCUGCUCCUGGCAUGGAACCUGUCUACGGUGUUCCGUUUGCCGGACAGUACUGGAACGGCAACCAUCUUGCUUCUUCCGGGAUCGGCAGGUUUACUGCAGGACCGAUUACACCAAAACAUUCGGUGCCAAGUGCUCCAAAUGUGGCCGUACGAUCGCUCCCUCCGAUUGGGUCCGAAAAGCACGUGAGUUGGUAUUCCACUUGGCGUGUUUCUCCUGUGACACCUGCGGCCGCCAACUCUCGACCGGGGAACAGUUCGCCCUGAUCGACGAUAAGGUCAUCUGCAAGAUGCACUACACCGACACCGGCGAUGAGGGAUCGAACUCGAGCGAUGAUGGCUGCAGCACCGACGGUUUGGGCAAGGGAAAAUCCAAACGGGUGCGGACCACUUUUACCGAGGAACAGUUGCUCAUUCUGCAGGCACACUUCCAGAUCGACAGCAACCCGGAUGGGCAGGAUUUGGAACGGAUAGCCCAACUGACCGGGCUCAGCAAGAGAGUUACCCAGGUGUGGUUCCAGAAUUCGCGCGCUAGACAGAAGAAACAUACCCAUGGUCCCCGAGAUCACGCUACGGCUGCCAUAUUCAGUGCCCUUCGCCAGGAUCUGAACAACAACAGCAACACCAGUUUAUCCGAUAACGAUUGCAGUGGCAUAGGGAAAUCUUCACCCGUUUUCAAUCCACAUGUAAAUCUUAUCAAUUUGAUGGUGUAA